AUGCUGUUUAUUGCCAAGUAUGUCGUCAACCGUUUGUUGAGGGACAACCAAUGGGACCGGAUCGGGGUCGAGGACCCUUACUCGAUGCAGGUGGAGGUGAAAAGGCGGGGGAAGGUGGUGACCAAAAAAGUGCCUCGGCCCAUUCCCGAUGGCGUCAACGACAACGAUGCCCAGGUGUUAAAGGAGUUCCGCAAACGGGCCGUACGCUACGACCAGUGGUUCCUGUGGGGGCUGAUUAAAUUCGGCUGGUCGCUGAUUGUCAAUUUGGUCCCCGUCGCAGGGCCGGUGGUGCUGAUGUACUGGCUGUUGCUGUUGCUUUGGCUCACGCGUAAGCUCAGUGACCCGUUCCCGCUCGACUUACUGCUCUUGUUCUUGUUAAAUAUUGCCCUUGAUUUUGGUCUUGGGCUCAUCCCCGUAGUGGGGUCCCUUGUGGCUAUCGGCUACAAGGCCAACUCGAGAAACUACGGUUUGCUCGAUCGCCACCUCCAACGCAUUGGCCAACGCAACUUGGGCAACAUUACCAACGAGGAAGUGCGCCCUGGUUUCAUCAACGACAAGUUGCAACCGGUGUUGGAAAAGGAUGUCCUCCCCGGUGUGGUUGAAGCCAGCGGUAAGGUCGCUGGUGUGGUGCAGGAACAGAUCCUCCCCCGCUUGAAGAAGACGGCCAAGGACGCCGUCAACUCUGCCCAAGGCAAGCAUGAAGGCAUCCACGAAGAAACCGUCAGCGUGGGUUCCACUUAG